GAGAGAGAGUUUGUGGAGUCUGGAGAAUCAUUCUAAACUCUGAACCCCAGAUUCAUCUUGUUAUCGGCAUUGGAUUGAAGGGUGCCCGCCAUGGUUGUUGACUUAGAAAGAAGAAGGAAUCAGCCAUGGGUAUUCAGUUGGGAAGUUGUGAAAACAAAGCCAAAGGCAUCAGAGAGAGAGAGAGAAUGAGUUGUGUGCUGCAGCAGCAGUAUCCUCAGGUGGGUAGCAGAGACUGCAGUGUGUCUCUUCCCCACAGCUCCUGUUUCAAUGUCAGCAGCUCGCCUUCAAACCUUACAUUCGGGUCACGUCUUCAUCAACGAUCACUAACACUGCCCCACAAGUCAAAUGCAUCUCCUUUUCGUACCACAAGGAUCCUCGCAGCUUACUCAGCGCCGCCGCCCGAGUCUCCGGCCAAAGCGCUUCGCCGGAUUCUGGAGUUGCCGGGGGUUCACCAAGGCCCGGCUUGCUUUGAUGGUCUCAGCGCCAAGCUUGUCGAAAGAGCUGGCUUCCAGUAUUGCUUUACCAGUGGAUUUUCGAUAUCAGCUGCUAGAUUAGGGCUGCCAGAUACAGGUUUUCUAUCCUAUGGAGAAAUGGUGGAUCAGGGGCAACAAAUUACCCAAGCUGUGUCAAUUCCUGUCAUUGGGGAUGGCGAUAAUGGUUACGGGAAUGCAAUGAAUGUCAAGAGAACUGUCAAGGGAUAUAUUAGAGCUGGCUUUGCUGGGAUUCUGCUUGAAGAUCAGGUGUCUCCAAAAGCCUGCGGUCACACACAAGGCAGGAAAGUGGUGUCAAGGGAGGAAGCUGUGAUGCGGAUAAAAGCAGCAGUUGAUGCUCGGAAAGAGAGUGGCUCUGACAUUGUAAUUGUAGCACGAUCUGAUUCUCGUCAAGCAGUGUCUUUGGAAGAAGCACUUUGGAGGUCAAGGGCAUUCGCUGAUGCUGGAGCAGAUGUUCUUUUCAUUGAUGCACUAGCCUCAAAAGAAGAAAUGAAGGCUUUCUGUGGAGUGUAUCCCCUAGUUCCAAAAAUGGCGAAUAUGCUUGAAGGAGGGGGGAAAACACCAAUACUCAGUCCUCUUGAACUUGAGGAAGUUGGAUACAAACUUGUGGCUUAUCCACUUUCCUUGAUUGGGGUAUCUAUUCAAGCAAUGCAGGACGCACUAGCUGCUAUCAGAGGAGGUCGUAUCCCUCCACCUGGAAGCAUGCCAUCUUUUGAAGAGGUUAAGGAGGUCCUAGGUUUCAACAGUUAUUAUGAAGAAGAAAAGCGGUAUUAUAGUAACAGCAGUCAGCUGUCUUCUGAAAUAUUGGCCAGUAGUGUAUACAAUCUUCAAGGGACAUCUAAAAAUGCAGAACCAAAAGAUCAGAGUCCUCAAGAUCCCAUUGUUGAAGUUAUAACACCUGAAGUGUACAAUAACUAUGGUGCAGAUGGUUCCAAGGAUUCAUUUUCCGGGAUCUGGUCUCGGAAGUUGAGAAUCAAAAUAACCGGAAGAGAUGGAUUUGAGAAACUUGAUGUUAGUAUUCCUGCUGGAUUCUUGGACGGAAUCACCAAUAUAGUUCCAGCUCUUGGGGGUGUAAACAUCAAAGAAUUGUUGAAUGAGGCAGCUGAUGAAAUGGGAGGGAAGCAGCUGUUAGAUUUUAAUGACACAAUGGGUGAUAGAAUUCAAGUUUUUCUAGAGUAAAUCUCUUGUAGUUGAUUUUUACAAGGAUAUUGUAAAAGAUAUACCCUAUGUAUAUCAAGAAUAGUCCUCCGAGAGGCUGUUUUUUGCAAA